GAAAAGGGAAAAUAACCUCAUUCCCCCAAAAAUAUUUUUAAAAUCAUAGAUCUCUUUUAUUUUCAAGUGGUUGGACACUUAAAGAAGAUUGUUUGAAGACUGCUUUUGGAAUCAAAUAGCAUGGAUCCCAGCAGCGACUACCAUUUCCUCAAUCAGAUUUUGUGGAGAAGGGUGAAACUCACAUUGGUUUGUGGCAUCUUUGAGGGAGUACUCCAGCAUGUGGACCCUAACAAGAUUGUUGUCCUGAAGAAAGUGAAGAAUGUGGAGACUGGUCGAAGUGUUCCAGGAGUGAAGAUGUUUUUUGGACACGAGAUUGUGAACGUGGAACUGCUGGAUGAAGUGGAACAAGGUGCAGAGAGAGAAAAGGCAUCUUCUGUUAGUCUAAAUACAGAAAGAACAAGGAUGGAUAAAAUGAAAGGUGAAGAUCUAAACAUAUGUGAGCCUUCUUCUCCUGUCCCUGAGUCACCAACCACCUCUCUGCUGAAUCACCUCAAGUAUAGCCCAUCAGAAGAAGAGGAGGUGACAUACACAGUCAUUGAUCAGUUCCAGCAGAAGUUUGGUGCUGCAAUGCUUCACAUCAAGAAGCAGAGUGUCCUGAGUGUGGCAACAGAAGGCGCUAAUGUGUGUCGUCAUGGGAAGCUGUGUUGGCUUCAGGUAGCCACAAAUAGCCGAGUUUACUUAUUUGACAUUUUCCUUCUGGGAAGUCGUGCUUUCAACAAUGGACUUCAGAUGGUAUUAGAAGACAAGAGAAUUUUGAAGGUUAUCCAUGAUUGUCGUUGGCUUUCUGAUUGCCUCUCUCAUCAGUAUGGAAUUUUGCUGAAUAAUGUCUUUGACACACAGGUAGCAGAUGUCCUUCAGUUUUCCAUGGAAACAGGUGGCUUUCUUCCAAAUUGCAUCAGUUCUUUACAGGAGAGUUUAAUCAGACACCUUAAAGUAGCCCCUAAAUAUCUCUCCUUUCUGGAAGAGAGACAAAAAUUGAUUCAGGAAAAUCCAGAAGUGUGGUUCACACGACCUCUUUCACCAUCUUUACUGAAAAUUUUGGCCCUAGAGGCUACCUACCUACUACCCCUUCGUUUGGUACUCCUGGAUGAGAUGAUGUCUGACCUAACCACCCUUGUGGAUGGUUAUCUAAACACCUAUCGAGAAGGGUCCGCAGAUCGCCUGGGAGGCACCGAGCCUACAUGUAUGGAGCUUCCAGAAGAGCUUCUUCAACUCAAGGAUUUCCAGAAGCAGCGCAGAGAGAGAGCUGCAAAAGAAUAUAGGGUGAAUGCACAGGGACUCCUAAUAAGGACAAGGGUACAUCCAAAGAAAUCAGUGCCAGAGACAGCAGGGAAAGAGGGAAAAGUAGGGUUUUCCUUACUUUGUAAAAAUUCUGUACUAAAUGAAACUCAUCAUGUAAAUUUGCUGAAAGAAGAAUCUAAGAAUAAACAGACUUCAACAGAAACUCAACAUGUACCUCCCAUGAAGGAAGAAACCAACGAGGAUUCUAUCAAUAAACUCAUUUGCCUUGAGUCAGAGAGGCUAGAGGACCAGAGAAUAGCUCAGAAAGAACACAGUAAGACACCCAAACAGGAGUUUCAGACAAGUUUAUCUUUGAAAGAGGAGAUAGAACAGUUACUGAUGGUGCAAAACCAGGAAGAUCUAAAAUGCACAAAACAAGAUAUUUCAGUGUCUCCUUCCCUUCCUCAGGAAACCAGAGUCUCUCCAAGUGACACCUUUCAUCCUUUUAGAAAAGCCGUGUUUCCUACGUUUCCUCCCUGUCCAGCCUUGGAGAAAACUGAUUCUUGGAUAAAUCCCUCUCCAAAUCUGUCUUAGAAAUGUGCGAUUUGUUUUUGAGACCAUGAAGGUGGCUCACUUCUUCUACCAGCAGUACCUUCCUCAGAGCUUAAGUUUGUCAUGUUGGAAAUUUAGUUUUGCCUCAGUCACGAAGGAACGCCUUAGGGAAAAUGAUAUUCUAUUGCUUACUUCUACAUGCCUGGAAUUUGAUUAGAAUGGGAAUGAAUAAGUUAAAUAAUGGAAGAAGUAAAUUUUUUUAUUAUGUCACUGUGUGGAAAUAUUCCCGGUGGUCAGAGCAAAUUAUUUCUCAUAAUUUGGGUUUGGAGGAUUUGAGGAGGGGAAAAAUCUCGGGCUUAGUAUCUGGAAGCUAUAUGCUUUUAAACUUCUUGUUUUGUUUUUGUUUUUUUGUUUUUAUUUUUA